AUGGCCGCCAAGCAAAGCGCCGCCGCCGCCAGGGACAUCGAAGUCGUGCUGGUGAUGCCGUGGAUGACGAGCUGCAAGCGCAUGCCCCUCUGGAGCUCCAGCGACUACGAGGAGACCGGCACGCUCAGCCAGGGCGCCCUCGGCAUCGUCGUCACGGCCCGCCACCGCGCCACAGGCGAAGCCGUCGCCGUCAAGAAGGCUCUCCCUUUUCCUCCCUCCUCCUGCAACGGCGGCACCGGCACCGACAUGAUGAGGGAGGCCGCGUUACUCGCCGCGUGCAACGGCCACGGCAACGUCGUCGGGCUCCAGGCGGUUGCCCUCGAGCCCGCCGGCUCCUCGCCCGAGAGGCUCUCCCUCGUCAUGGGCCUCGUGGGGCCCAGCCUGCACGACGUCCUCCACCACAGGCGCGGCGGCCGGCCCUUCCCGGAGGCCGAGGUGCGCCGCAUCAUGAAGCAGCUCCUGGCCGGCGCCAAGCACAUGCAUGGCCUCCGCGUCGUGCACCACGACAUCAAGCCCAAGAACAUCCUCGUGGCCCUCGCUGGUGGCGCCGGGGAUCGGAUUGAGAGCGUCAAGAUCUGCAACCUGGGGCUUGCCGUCUCCUUGUCCGAACCCACGCCGUACGAGAGGUGCGGGACGCACCGGUACAUGGCGCCCGAGGUGCUCCUGGGAAAGCUCAAUUACGACGCCGCCGUCGACGCCUGGUCGCUCGGCUGCGUGAUGCCCGAGCUCUUGUCCGGCGCACCCUUGUUCAACGGGGAAGACGACGCUGGCCAGAUGCUCUCCAUCUUCAGCGUCCUUGGCGUGCCGCUCUUCACCCUCUGGCUGGAAUACAAGUCUCUGCCGCUCACUGGCAAAGUGGUGCAACCGCCCAACAAGCUCCACCGCAACAAGAUGCGCCAGCAUUUUCUGAAGGAACGUCUCUCCGAAGAAGGCUUCGAAGUCCUGCAGGGGCUCCUUUUUUGCAACAUCGACAAGAGGCUGUCGGCCGCCACCGCGCUCAGGCGGCCCUGGUUCACCAAGAACGUCGUCUACGCCCAAGUUUGA